GGAAAUAAAGGAAGUGGGCAAGCCGCGGCUGCGUACUCCGCGCGCCUCGGAGACUGCCUGGUCCCUGGUCUUUGGUCCCCGGCCCCCGGCCCCCGCCGCCCGUCUCUUGGCUUCCUGCCGCGGCUGCUGGGUUGCUGACUUGGGACACCUACAAGGCCGGAAACCAGACAGAGCCCUGCAAGACUGCUUGUGCCAUGGAUUCUCAGGUCAGCAAUGGUUCAAGCCUCCAGGAUGAACGCAUCACAAACUUGCUGGUGUUUGGCUUCCUCCAAAACUGCUCCAACUAUAAUUUCCAUAAAGAGUUAGAGGUGUUGGGCCGUGAACUGCCUGUGCCACCAGCUUACCUGCAGGAGGACCACGAUGAUGGGCUCCAGACAGAUGGCAACCGGUGCAGCCGCUUCUUGGAUAGCGAGGAGACAGAUUCUGAGAGUCAAGAGGAAAUCAUCCAAGAUAUCGCCAGGCAGCUCGCCCAAAUCGGGGAUAGGAUGGAUCACAGCAUCCACCCAAGAGUGGUGAAUAACCUGGCAAUGCAGUUUAUGAAUGUGAACCUGUCAGAAGAAGACAGAAGGAAGCACCUUGCUGCUGCACUGGAGCAGGUCCUACAGACUUACCCGAAGGACAUGGAGAGAGAGAAGACCGUGCUCUUGUUGGCCAUGGUAUUGGCCAAAAAGGUGGCCGAUCACACACCGUCCUUGCUCCGUGAUGUCUUUCGCACAACAGUGAACUUUAUUAACCAGAACCUACUCACAUAUGUGAGGAACUUAGUCAGAAAUGAGAUGGACUGAGUGGACAACUCUGCAAAAGUACAACUGGUUAAAACUUGAUAUGGUGACAACAGUACACCUGCCUCCAGUGGAGAUGGAGCCAUGGCUGUGUAAACAAAGUUCUUAGAGAAGAUAGGCACGAAGUAAUAGCUAUUUAUUUCUUACUAUUUUAAAGAUGAUGUUUUAAGCAAGUGAUUCAUUUAGAAACUUUACCUUAACAUACUUGAAUGAAAAUGUCAACUUGCACAGAUUUGAAUGAGUUUCAUACCAUCUUCCAAAUCCACUACACACUGUGCCUUUAUCUUAUUUCAGCUGUACGGGUCUUCACUUGAAAAUUAAAUUUAAGAACAGAUUGUAAGGCAGAAAAAAAGGUUUUUUUUGUUUAAGAAAAAAAACCAUGUUUUUUUGUUUAAAAAAAAAUACUGUUUAUUAAAGUGCAACCUUGGGGUGUGGUCUGACAGCAGGCAAUAUGAGGAGAGUAAGGUCUGGAGACGGAUGAACUUACCCCUCACAAAUGAAAAAUUCCUCUCAGUGUAGGGCACACCUUGAUACUAAGGAAGUUAACAGUCUUCCCAUUUAAAAACCAAACAGUACAAGAGGUUCUGGACUAAAGUUCUGUACUCAAACAAUGGGAAAAUCAGGCCUCAAAACAUGAUUUUUUUCAACUCGAUUUCCUUUUGAGUUAAGAAGGACCACAGGCAAUUGAAAGGUGUGGAGAUCAUUUAAGGACCCACGUCAGCCACAGCUUCCAAAAUCAGGUAACCAAAUGCACCUUUUCUUUCCAAGAAGUCAAGGCUCUGAUAAAAAUUUUAAGCUGAUGCAGUACCAGAAGCUACUACAUACAGCCCAUGGGGGAAUGUCUGUUAAUAAUCUUCCAUUUUCAUUUUCCUCCCAUAUCCCUCAGCUUACCCUUGCCCAAGAAGUGACAUCUGAAGAAAACAGGUUUCUAGCCAUAAAGAUAAAACAAUAGUUAGACUUUUAAAAGUUCAACAGUUGAGGUGGUUCCCUUUCUUAGAGACACAGUCAGAAUGCAAGUAAUAACAAAAGUAAGUCACUUAGGUAGUGCCAAAAUAAACCAGAGAGAGCUUACAUUUAGAAACAGUGCAAUACUGGUCUGUUGUUCCCAGUGAUAAGCAUUUCCUAGGAUUCUGUUUAAAGGUACAGUGGUGGAUGCUGGGUCCAUAUCACACACAUUAAUGUUAGGCUUACCAGUAAUACCGUUGUUACUAUGAAUAGAACACUCUGGGAAAGGAUAUGAACAAGAGUAAUAGGUACUAAGAAAUACUUUCUUGUUACCAAAAACACUUUUCUGUUCCUUGAGAGUUUAAUCAGAAAAGAAAUAUGACUGCAUUGUUCAGCAUUAAAUACAUACCACACUAGGGCUGGGCCUCAAUUUGCUAUCUGCAGUAUGUUGCAAAUACUAAAAGCCGUGCAGUAAGAAGGCCACCAUUUGGAAAUAAACCGGUAAUGCUGUUA